AUGCGCGUGGUUACCAUUGUAAUCCUGCUGCUCUGCUGUAAAGCCGCUGAGCUCCGCAGGGCAAGCCCCGGGGGCACGCGAAGUCGCGCGAAUCAGGGCAGGGCUGCAGGCAGUCGGAGAGGCUCCAACCCGGUAAAACGCUACGCGCCAGGCCUCCCCUGUGAAGUGUACACUUAUCUCCACGAGAAGUACUUAGAUUGCCAGGAAAGAAAACUAGUUUAUGUGCUGCCCGGCUGGCCCCAGGAUUUGUUGCACAUGCUGUUAGCCAGAAACAAGAUCCGCAUAUUGAAGAACAACAUGUUUUCCAAGUUUAAAAAGCUGAAGAGCCUGGAUCUGCAACAGAAUGAGAUCUCCAAAAUUGAGAGUGAGGCUUUCUUUGGUUUAAACAAACUUACCACCCUCUUAUUGCAGCACAACCAGAUCAAAGUUUUGACGGAGGAGGCCUUCAUUUACACGCCUCUCCUGAGCUAUCUGCGCCUGUACGACAACCCUUGGCGCUGUACUUGUGAAAUAGAAACGCUUAUUUCAAUGUUGCAGAUUCCAAGGAACCGGAAUUUGGCGAACUAUGCCAAAUGCGAAAGUCCACAAGAACUGAAAAAUAAAAAACUGCGGGAGAUACAAUCGGAACAGUUAUGUAAUGAAGAAGAAAAGGAACAACUGGAGCCGAAACCCCAAGUGUCAGGGAGACCCCCAGUCAUCAAGCCUGAGGUGGACUCUACUCUUUGCCACAAUUAUGUGUUUCCCAUACAAACGCUGGACUGCAAAAGAAAAGAGUUGAAGAAAGUUCCAAACAACAUCCCACCAGAUAUUGUUAAACUUGACUUGUCAUGUAAUAAAAUCCACCAACUUCGACCCAAGGAGUUUGAAGAUGUUCAUGAGCUGAAGAAAUUAAAUCUCAGCAGCAAUGGCAUUGAAUUCAUAGAUCCUGCUGCUUUUUCGGGGCUCACACAUUUAGAAGAGUUAGACUUAUCAAACAACAGUUUGCAAAACUUUGAUUACGGAGUAUUAGAAGACUUGUAUUUUUUGAAACUUUUGUGGCUCAGAGAUAACCCUUGGAGAUGUGACUACAACAUCCACUACCUCUACUACUGGUUAAAACACCAUUACAACGUCCACUAUAAUGGCCUGGAGUGCAAAAUGCCUGAAGAAUACAAAGGGUGGUUUGUCGGAAAAUAUGUUCGGAGUUACUAUGAAGAAUGCCCCAAAGACAAGUUACCAGCAUACCCUGAAACAUUUGACCAGGAUACUGAAGAAGACGAAUGGGAAAAAAUACAUAGGGAUCACACAGCGAAGAAACAAAGUGUAAGAAUCACUAUCGUGGGAUAA